AUGAGCGAGAAGAAUUACGAGCAAGACCCCGCAGACACCGAGGUAGAUGCGCGUGAAGAGGUCAAGGUCGACGAGGCGGCGUUCAAGCGCGCGCUGCUCAAGCUCGACGUCAUCUUCCUCCCCGUCCUCACGUUGAUCUACUUUCUCAACUUUUUGGACCGCGCCAACAUCGGCAACGCAAAGGCCGCAGGCCUGACCGAAGACCUCGGCAUGACCGCCAGACAAUACUCCAUCGCACUAACCGUCACCUACGUGCCCUACAUUGUCGCCGAGCUGCCUCUCACCCUUGCGAUCAAGAAGGUCGGGCCCAACAUUCUCAUUCCCGUACUUGUGAUUUCGUGGGGCCUCGUCACGACGUUCCAGGGCUUUGUCACGAGCUACCCCGGUCUGUUGGUAGCGCGUUUCUUCCUCGGCUUGACUGAGGGCGCUAUCCUCCCGUCCUCAAUGACGUACCUGUCCAACUUUUACCGGCGCGCGGACAUGGGUAAGCGCGUGGCGUUCUUCUUCUCGGCCACGUCGCUUGCCGGCGCGUUCUCGGGCCUCCUCGCCGCCGCCCUUCUCAACAUGCACGGGCUUGGUGGUAAGAAGGGCUGGGCGUGGAUCUUCAUCAUCGAGGGCCUCCUCACCAUCGUCUGCGGCGUUGGAUCCUUCUUCAUCCUGCCCCGCACCCCUGGUACGGCAUGGUGGCUCAAGCCUGAGGAACGUGUGGCCCUGGUAGCCGCCCUCGAGCGUGACGCCCCCAUCGCCGAGCAGAAGGAGAAACUCACAUGGUCAGCUUGUGUCAGUGCCCUCAAGGCCCCGCAGGUGUGGUUCAUGUUCACGCAAUUCUUCGCCUCGGGCGCAAUGCUCUACGGCAUGGCGUACUUCUCGCCAACAAUCGUCGGUUCAUUGGGAUACAAGGGGACCAAGAUUCAGCUCAUGUCUGUUCCACCGUAUGUGGUUUCGGCCGUCUUCGCCCUCGCCUGUUGCUGGGCAUCGGAUAGGCUCCAGAUGCGCGGUCCGUUCGUCAUUCUCUCGUCGCUCGUCAGUGUUAUCGGAUACGCAAUGUACCGCGGCAGCACGGAUAAGCAUGUUCAAUACGGAGCGCUUUUCCUGCAGGUCAUGGGGGCGUAUACUGUUGCACCGCUUCAGUCGACCUGGAUGCCCAACAACCUCGCCCCGUUCUACCGCCGCGUGACCGGUAUCACAAUGGGCUUCAUCUCCACAAACUCUGGGGGCAUUCUCUCAACGUGGCUCUUCCCCAAGCCUCCGUUCCACAAGGGUGCGGAUGUUCUCUUGGGCAUGUCGGCCAGUAUUGUGAUCUGGGCCGCGGCGAAUAUGGCCUACCUUGGCUGGGAGAAUAAGAAGCGUGCACGUGCUGGCGGAUUCGAGGGCAACGCUGCGCCUGGAGAUGACGGCGUGCCCGGAGACCGCAGUGUACACUAUCGUUACAUUUUAUAA